AAGGCUUGUAUAUGAAUGAGAAGCUGUUAUAAGAGUUACUUACAAGAAUGGAAGAGUUUUUUUUAUUGCGAGAAAGAAAGCGUAGGAAUGUUUUUAUAAUUAAAUUUUCUGUUUUUUCACCGUGAAUCGUCAUGGACAUCGUGGUCGUGAUGGAUGGGCCAUGCCUGGACGAACUGGAUGGACCACAAUUGGUGAAUUACCAUGACGACAGAGCCAAGUUCAGAGUUAGAAGCCAAGCCGGAGCAGCAGGGGGCUGGCGCGGCUCCGCCCCACACAGCCCCGCCCCUUGACGACCAGCUUCCACCUGCAGCUGCCCACAGUACGCCAGUUAGAAAAGAACAGAACGGGGCGAGAGAGACGGGAGGUAUCCCACAGGGGAAACCGGAUCAGCAGGUGGCCGAGGACGACCUCACCUCCCACAGGUCCUCCUCUAGCAAGCUCUCCAGGUCUCCAGUCAAGGUGACCAAGAAGCCCAAAAAUAUGCAGUGUAAAGUCACACUUCUGGAUGGCUCGGACUACACCUGCGUGGUGGAGAAACGGGACAAAGGCCAGGUGCUUCUUGAUAAAGUCUGUGAGCAUCUGAAUCUUCUGGAGAGGGACUACUUUGGUAUUACAUUCCGUGAUGUAGAGAAUCAAAAGAACUGGCUGGACCCAGCCAAAGACAUGAAGAAGCAGAUCAGGGGAGUUGCCUGGAAUUUCUCCUUCAAUGUGAAGUUUUAUCCUCCAGACCCCGCUCAGCUCUCUGAGGACAUCACAAGGUAUUACCUGUGUCUACAGUUGAGAGAUGAUGUUGCGUCUGGUCGUCUGCCCUGCUCCUUUGCAACACACACAGUGCUUGGUUCAUAUACAGUCCAGUCGGAGCUGGGAGAUUAUGAUCCAGAUGAAUAUGGCACGGACUAUGUCAGCGAGUUUCGUUUUGCCCCACACCAGACCAAGGAGCUGGAAGAGAAAGUCAUGGACCUCCACAAGAACUACAAAGGGAUGACGCCAGCUGAGGCUGAAAUGCACUUCCUGGAGAAUGUGAAAAAGCUGUCAAUGUAUGGAGUUGACCUACAUCAUGCCAAGUUGGUAGGAAGCUUCUUUGCGUGCUUGUCUCCAGCUAAAGGAGAGGAUUCAGAGGGGGUGGAGAUCAUGCUGGGUGUGUGUUCCUCCGGCCUCCUCAUCUACCGUGACCGCCUGCGCAUCAACAGGUUUGCCUGGCCCAAAGUCUUGAAGAUCUCCUACAAGAGGAAUAACUUCUACAUCAAAAUCCGACCUGGAGAGUUUGAGCAGUUUGAAAGCACGAUCGGCUUUAAGCUCCCCAACCACAGAGCAGCAAAGAGACUCUGGAAGGUUUGCGUGGAGCACCACACUUUCUUCAGGUUGGUAUCUCCAGAAACUCCUCCUAAGAAAUUCCUGACCCUUGGCUCCAAGUUCCGCUACAGUGGAAGAACCCAGGUCCAAACAAGACGGGCCAGUUCACAGAUAGUUCGCCCAGCUCCUUACUUUGAGCGCUCCACAAGCAAACGCUACACCAUGUCCCGCAGCCUAGAUGGAGAGAUGGGCACUGCAUUGUACGGAGCUGCAAAAGGCAUCGCAAUGAGUGACCUCAUCACCACAGUUACACCAGAGAAAAAGGCAGAGGAGAAGAAAGCAGAAGAAGCCUUGGUGCUUGUAGAAAACGUUGUUGUGGUGGAAGAAGAGGACGAGACAACAAGGGUUACAGAGGUUUCACAGCCAAGUCCACCAACUCCUGUUCAACAGGACACAAGGACUGAUUUCACAGACACUGCUAUUGAUGGUGAAUUAACAGCCACUGAGUCAGACCAGGAGGAAGAGUCUGAAAUAAGGACACAGGAAGUGGAGAAAACACCUGAUGAGCUGCUCAAACACCAGACCAACAUUAGUGAGCUGAAGAGGACUUUCCUGGAGGGAGGUGUUGAUAAGUCAGGCCUGACAGAGUGGGAGAAGCGCCUUUCUUCAUCCCCUCUGCGAUCCCCUCGGCUGGACGAGGCCCCUAUGAUUGAACCCUUAGUGCCUGAGGAUACCAAAGAGGAUUCAAAAGCAGUGGGUGAGAAGGAGGAGGCUGCUGGAGGGACAGAAACACAGGACAGCCUGGAGGACAGGAAAGUUGAUGUGGAGUCUGAUGGUUGGGUAAUUAUAAACAAGGUUCCUCCUAAGGUCCCUGAAAAGAAAAACAUAGUCAGCUACAAACUAGGGGGCAUUACUAGCACUGUAACUGCUGACGAGGCUCUGGGUGACGUAUCGCUUAAACCUCCUGAGGGAGCUGUGGAGAAGGCAGUGGCAGUGGGAGAAGAGAUUGGCAAGUCCUACGACACCACCUCGGGAAAGAUCGUUAGCGUGACCUCAGAUACUGAGCUCCCAUCCCCAUUGCUCACAGCAGAGAAGAAGCUGUCAGACCAGACCACCUCUGUGGCUGUGAAGAUUAUUCCAGUUUCUGCUGAGUAUGAGGCAGCAGUCCUCAAAGCUACAGAAGCUAUAACAGCACCAGUUAUCACCAUUAAAGAAGCCAAGACCCCAUCUCCCUCAGAGACUUCAGAAGGCGUUGUGAGGACGGUGGUGGCCAUCCGCUCCAGUGAGGAAAUCGGAGAGACGGAGAGGGCGGAGCUGAGGCUGCUUUCAGACCCUUCACUGAGGGACGGUGCCCCUCCUACACCAAGAUCUCCCCACAGGUCCCCACUGAGAUCUCCACUUAAAUCUCCUCUCAGAUCUCCAGCGAAGACACAGAUGGAUCUCAGCCCUGGACCAAGCUCCUAUUUAACCAAAACCUCCCCAACAGCCAGAGUGCCUAAGCCCACGUUCGAUGAGAUGUCUCCAGAGCUCACUGCUCUGCUGCAGUCUGCUCGUGAACAGAUCAGCACGCGCAGCUGGGUUUCGACCUCUCCGCCCACCGUGCAUACUCAGGCCUUCAUUAAGACCUCUAAAGGUUCUGAGAGGACAGCAGAGACACGGAAGCUUCUGGAAAAAGAGCAGCCAAAGGACGAGCCGUACACAGCUGAUAAGCAGCAGGAUAAAUCAUCAGAACAGUCACAGCUGUCCUCGGUGCUACAGACAGAAGUUGUAACCUGCAGCAGUGCGUUAUCGGAAACUGAGAGGCUGGUGACGCAGGAAAUGCCAGUAAUCCACACGGAAAUGAAGACUAUAACAUACGAGGCCCUGCAGGGUGACACGGAUGGCGACACAGAGCCAGGGAUUCUAAUGAGUGCUCAGACUAUUACAUCUGAGACCACCAGUACAACCACCACUACACAUAUCACUAAGACUGUGAAAGGAGGCAUCUCAGAAACAAGAAUUGAAAAGAGGAUUGUUAUCUCUGGGGAUGCAGACAUUGACCAUGAUGAGGCCCUGGCUCAGGCCAUUAAAGAAGCCAAAGAGCAGCACCCCGACAUGUCAGUGACCAAAGUAGUGGUCCACAAAGAGACUGAAAUCACACCAGAAGAGGGCGAGGAGUGAUGAAGGAUUAGUGCCUCUUCUCACUUCCGGGAGAAAUCUCACGUCUACACCUUGCAGAAUGAAGGACGCUUUGGAGAAGUCACCUAUGGAAACAGCACCACAAAUAAACCAAUGGAUACACUUCAUCUGAGCACCGCUGGAGUAACCUCUCAUACACAUACACACGCUCACACUCUCGCAACACACGCUUACUGAACUACCGGGCAGCCUGGUCCAGCAUUGGAUCACUGAUAUUGCAUGACAAGGGAACAACUGCUUUUUUUGUAAAGAGAAGAAAAGAUAUAUAUAGGACAUACUCUACGACCACAGUGUAAAUUUCAGUCUACCCUGCGUGCUCCACCUAAAGGGAGAAGAAUGUAUGUGACAAGAGUUUUGAAAAUAGUACUGGUACAAAUACCUGCAUUUUAUUUAUUAGAAUACUGCUCAGUGCAAAAAAAAAUAAUAAUAAUACUAGACUAUCCGUAUGAGCACACAGUAUUUAACCAUGCAAUAAGUGUGCUGUUCACACCACCAGUCACCACGUCCUGGUGCUGUCACCCCUACCCUGCCUCUGAUGUGCUCCAUGUUGAACGUACUUCAUCUGAAUGAGAAUAUGAAUGAUGCACCCAUUCGCUUGUAGACCAUGCAUAUUAUAAAGAAACAUGUUGUUCUUACUUGAAUUAUGUGUACAUUUUUUAUGUUUUACCCUUAAAUUUACUGACUGAAAGGCGAUGUGGGGAAUUUCACUGUCUGUUUUGUUUGCUCCCCCCCAAGAAUGAAGACUGGCACUGUGACCACAUUCGUCACUAUUCAGAGUCUAAGUGACUGCUGCCCAACGUCACAUUUUUAAGUCAUUUCCCAAAUUGUCCAUGCCUAGAGUGGCAUACCUGAGCCUUAAAAUGUAUAAACUGGAUAUAAUAUCUGAAACAUCUCCAGUUAUGUGUGUUUGUGCCCUUGUUUUAUUAUCAUUAUUAUUAUUACUCAUUUGCCUGUGUGUUUUUUAAACCACCCUCCUGUUAUACGCUGCAGUCCAUGUUGAAAGUGUUUCCCACAUGAGCUCAAAUAAAAUGGCAAAUAUAUUUGA